GGUGGAUAGCAUGAUCAUCCAGAUUUACCGCGUUAUUAUAAGCAAAUAUUGUAGAACUCUUUAAAAUAUAACAGGUAUGGACUACAAAAGUGAUUAGUCAGCCAUUACGGUAAGACAGUUUGGAUGACUGCAUAAAUUAAACACAAAAUUCCAAAUACCAUGGAGUUGUAUACAAAUGAGUCUAUUCUUAUAUCAAGAGUACUGGGUCAUCUUGGUUACGGUAAAGAAAUGGUAGCAUUUAGACAUAAUGUGUCCAAAAGAUUAGAAUCAGUAAUGAGAAAUAUGCUUAGUUCUGAAAUACAGUUACACGCUAUUUUAGCCGGAAGCAAAGGAGAGGGACUGACUGCUCCACUAGAGAGUGAUUAUGAUAUCAUGGUUGUAUAUUCCGAUGUAAUUUGUAAAGAAUAUCUAGACUCAGUGACAAAUAGAGGAGAAAUGACUGUAUUUAACUUAGACAUGAAAUAUGCAGCUCCUGGUUAUACUUAUCUCCGAGCCAUAAACCUCAAUGACAAUAACCUAACCACGAAGUGUUUGCGAGAAUAUCUUGCAGAACUUUCGCCAGGUUAUCUGUACCUAUCGAGUGACUUUUGGAAACAUGGAAUGAAAAAAAAUUUAACACAAUGUUCUCUUUUACAAGGAAAUCAAGACUUUGAAACAGUAGAUCGGGAAAACCAUGGUCCAUCAACCACAGUGACAUUGUAUAAUACAGUACCGUCUGAUUUGGUUUACGCGUUUUCUUGUGAAUGUCCUAGCUAUUUAAGGUCGUGGUCCAAUAGACAACGAUUUAAUCAGUGGCCUUUUGACGGUGUUAUAAGAGAAGUUUCUGAAUCAGAAUCCAACGUGGUUCCUGUAGGAAAUAUAUUUAGUAGUAUGCAAUUCUUAGAAUGGAGAAUUUGCUUCACAAAAGGGGAAAUUAUAUUGGUUCAAAGUCUGAACGAUUGCCUUACAAAAUGUCUUAUCUUACUGAAGCAGAUUACUAGAAUUGCUCUGAAACCUUUGUGUAAAGAUAUGACUUCUUACAUUGUAAAGAAUGUAAUCUUUUGGAUUGCAGAAUUAAACGACUAUGAGUACUUUAAAGAAAAUAAUUUGAGUCUGGUACUAAAAUUAGCUUUGUUGUUUCUCAAACAAUGUGUUUGUAGAAAUAAUUUACCAAGCUAUAUGAUACCUGAAAGAAACUUGCUGUCAGACAGGCUGACAGUCGAUCAGAGAGCCAACAUUUGUAUGAGAAUAGAUUAUCUACUAAAGGAGGGACCUGUGAUGGUAUACAGAUGGCGGAAAUUCAGACAUGCCUUCAUUAUGCUCUACCGUUCGCCAGAAGAGUUCUACAAGUUAUCAAAAAGACGACAUCUUGCUCAAAAGUUGUUCCUAUUAAAGGAUGAAUAUAGUUUACGAAUAAUUACCAGGUCAUUUAGUAGUGUCGGGGAGUUGAUGAGAGCUGUAUAUAACGAUGACCUUUUUGUAUUGUUGGCGUACAUAAGUGCCAAAUGUAUUCAUGAAGAAAACAACAUAACAAAAGACGACGCCAGAAUGUUUUUUGAGAAAAAAGAAAAAUUCAUAAGUUAUCUUCGUGAUAAUGGAUCUCGGUUAAUAAGAAAUAGUCAUACUAACAAGUAUUUGGCUUGAAAUAUUCAUCCGCCGGUAAUCAGUGAUGCAAGCGGUUCUAUAUGAAAACGUUAAGUGUAGACACUGAUUUCUUGACAAAAUGUUAAAAUGAAUGUCAUAUAUGUAGGUCCGUAAUGUUUUUAUACGGUAUAUACUUGUCUUAAUGUAAUUGUGGUAACUGGCAUAUUUAUAUUUCUAUAAUAUUAGGUGACUCACUUUUUCACCAAUUGCCGAUUAUACUGUUAUGGUAUAGACAAUGUAAAUGUUCAUAUAAUUGUUUGUUUAGCUAAUUCAACGCAAAGGACAAAAAGCUCAAUCUCAGUAAUUAUGCACAAGAAGAAAAUAAUUUUUCUGCUUUAUCGAAGGGAACAUUUUGACAUCUACUGCUAAUAUUGAGGUCCAAACCCAUUUUGUAUUUCUAUGAAAACUUAAAGUUAAUAAUUGUAUGUAGCAUAAAGAGCAUAGUAAAAUUUCUCAUAAAUUAUUGUAAUAACGAUGUGGUAGAACGUCAUGUUUACGUAUCAACAGUUUAUCCGUCUGGAAAAUUUAAAUCUCCCAACAACAGAUAUUUUCACAAAACUGUGAAUACAGCUAUGUAAGACAAACAGUGCAUUUGCUUUGGAAGAAGACAAAGCAAACAAACCAAAAAAUGGCUUGAGGGCGUUGAUGGUAGCAUGCAUUUCUACUACCGUCCAUGAACAGGCUCAAACCGAGCCUGUAACAUUUUCGUUUUUGUCGAGUUGAGCGACCUGUGGAGUUUCCACUUUUUCUAUUUGAUGCAGAAAUGUAAAAAUACUGGAGAUAUUUCACGGAACCAGAUUUGUUAGACAUAGGGCAAUAUGCUUUUUUUGAGGAAUGGAAUUGUUUAGCAAAUAAUCUAGGCCUUCGAGUGGUUUAUCGUCUGAUUUACACGGUUCAGAAUUCAGAUGCGUAGGAAUUGAACCACGAGGGCGUUAGCCCGAGUGGUUAAAUACUGAAGCAUCUGAACGAUGAACCGUGGUAAAUAAGACGAUAAUUCAAAAGAAGGCCUAGAUUAUUUUCAUUCUGACAUGCUCAUUGAUAUAUUUUAAUAAAUAUUUUGCUGGACUUCAUUUACGCGAGGAGUAAUGUAUCAGACGUCGCGCGGCAAUUUGACGUCAUAAUUGAUGUCAUAAUGCUCUCGCAGGUCAACCGUUGUUUAUCGCAGAAUAUACAGAGCUUGAUUUCCUUCUUUGUUUAACUGGACAUCUAACCGAGUCAUGUUAGAAUAACUAAUAUGUAAUAUUUGGCUCAAGUUUUAUAACAUAUAACUUUACAUAAAACAUACUUUAUAUUAUUUUAAUUUCAGUUAUAUUGCUUGUGAAAUCCACGGUGAAAACUUCAUACAUCAGUAUAAGUUUACAAUGUUUCAAUUUCAUCUUAUGUGCAAUAAAUAUUAUAAUAUUAAGUACUUUUUAGAGUUAUGCCCUGCAUAAAAAUCAAUAAAGAAAGAUAACUGUAAAAAAAGUAAGGUACAGUAGAGCUAUGGUCCUUGUACACUGCUGCGGAACCCUUUACAGAUACUUUAAACUCCAUCAUCAAAAAGGGCAUGUUUAAACUGAUUCAAGCACGGGAAUAACUUUUAUGAUCGCCAAGUAGCAUUUAAAUACAGCUAGAACGCAAUCAAGCAAAACUUGUUUCAUGAGACGUAAUGAAAAGUGCAAUACACCUUAUUUGCCCUAGCAAUGGCUUGAUGGGAACUUUGUACUGUUCUUCGAUUGCCAAAAGGACUAAAAAGUUUACAUUUAUGGUCACUACAUGGCAUAAUGACGUGUUGCGAUAGUUAAUAAAUAAGAUUCUUUAGGAUUGUUAAUGGAGAUUAAAUUGUUUUACUGUAAUUAAUCAUGAAAAAAGCUUUACAAUAAACAUG